ACGUCACGUCAUUUCAAUUUCCUCGUCUGUUCGUCUUUCGUCAGUUUUUAGACUUAAUUUGUUGUGAAAUUGUAAGUGGAUUAUCUAUUUAAUCGUUUUUCGAACAAAAUGAACACCUCUCUACAAGACUUUUGCCAAUUCAAGUAGAGCAAUAGUCAAAAUUGACAUGGCAUCCUGAACUUUCAUCGUGGAAUUUGUGGAUGGAUUUAUUUAAAGAAAGAAAAAUGAGGCGAGCACACGCAGGAAACUACUAUGAACCUCUCCCAACUCACAGCCAGUAUGAUACGGGUGAUAAUCUGGAAGAAACCAAUGAACAGAUGACAUCAGACCUUCGCAAUAAAAUUUCUGCGUUGAAAUCACUGACAAUUGAUAUUGGAGCAGAGGUCAGGGAUCAAAACAAACACUUGAGAGAUCUGGACAACGAAUUCGACCGAACUGGUGGCUUCCUGGGUAACACAAUGAACCGCGUGAAAAGACUUGCUAAGAGUGGGAAAAACUACCCUAUAUGCUACUUGCUUCUCUUCUCAAUGCUAGUUUUUUUCAUUUUAUAUUUCUAUCUUAAGUUCAGGUGAGAGCGACCUCUCUCAUCACACUAUGUUGUUCGUGAAAUUCUAAGGCUGUGUUAAUUUUGUCAUUGUACAUGGAAAUGGCUAACAUUCAUCAACAGCUUUGUGAUUUAAGUUCUAAGCCAAUCGUCGUGUCCCAUACGUGUUGAUGAUUGCCAUCCACUUCUCUUCCAAUUAUACCUAAUUUGAAAGUUUAAGCAUGAUUGAGUCCAAUUGAAGGAGUAAUUUGUGUGUCGUCCUUGAGAAUGAUACAUACUGACACCGAGCACACUUAAGCGUGAGUCUCUAAAUUUUUGCGCUUAAUGAACUGAGGAUUAUUGAUGCUAAAAAAUCCUACACCAAGUUACAGCUUCAGAUACCACUCUUAUCUUCCUUUUUCUCUGUUUGAGUAGCACAGAGGAGAGAUAGAAAAAAAAACACUAAGAAGUGGCCCAAACUGUAUUCAACAGGGUGGAGAACUCUCUUGGCUUUGUUUUCCCCAUGAAAUGGUGUGGACCCACCACCUUGGCAGUGCAGAAGUUAAUGGUCGUAUAGCACAAGAGUUGGGCUCACAGUCCAAACUUCUGGAAGUAUUGGCAAACAAUUUUAAAAUCAUACUUUUGACCCAGACUUGCAGUGUAUGAAAAAAUGGGAGAAAGGACUGUGUAGGUACGGAGUACCAAGAAAUUCAGCACCGGCUUAAUUUUACUAUUAUUUGAUAUGAUGUGCCUCACGGCCUCCUGAGCAGAAUGACCUUUCAUAAUUAAACUUUCUAUGUGCCAAUCUAGAGGAAGGCAGGGCUGAAUAGUGAAUUUUUUAUUAUUUCUACUUGCCUUAUUUAGCAGAAAGGUUGCAACACUAUAUUGGUGAUUGAGAAGAGCUUUUGUGGAAGGCUAAAAAGAAGACGGAUGAAAAAAAUCCAAUUCCUCUAAAUGGUAACAGUGUGCGGCGCAGCGUCUAAAUUAACUUUUGAGCCAUACUUUUCUGGACAUUGGCACACAAAGUUUGAUUUGAAGAGAUCAUUAGGCUAAGAAGGUCAUAGGUAAAAUAAAAUACAUAAUAUUAAAAUUUAGUUGGUGCCAAAUUACUUGGUAUUCCAUGUGUAGUCCUUUAGUCUAAUUUACUUUCUGAGUAUUUGUUUAUUUUUUGUAUCUCUAUUGGACCCUAUUUUUUUUUUUGCAAAUUGUCAAUGGGUGUUAAUUUUUUUAAUUCUGUGUAUUUCAUUUAUUUCUUGGAUUAGACAUGCUCCUUUUUUCAUCCAGAUCUUAGGCGAGGGGUUACUGUCCAUUCACAUUGUUGUCGCCUGUAACUCAGUUGUGUCAAGUUGACUUUUUAGAAAAUACACACCACUGUAAUCAUAAAGUCUGCUUCCUUUUAUAUUUGAUCAUCUUAAAAUCGAAUAAACUGCAUUUUGCUAUUAGGAACUACAAUUUCUGGCACUUGUUAGAAGCAGCAUAUGUACCCUAAGUCUCCUUAUGCAGGUAGGUACUUCUAAGGGUAAGUCUGGAAUUGUAGUUCCUGGUUGCAAAAUGUGGUCCAAAUAACGGUUUGCUAAUAUUUCUUAGAGUGAUUCUGGAUAAUCUAUGUGUAAAAAUAUGUUAAAAAAAGUUGGUGAACAGAAAAACAAUGAAAAGUUCCUUGGAAAAGUUCCUCCUAAAAAACUUCAUUGCCUUGGCAACAUUUUACAAUAAAAAAAAUGAAACAAAAAAUGUGGCCCAAAUAGUGUAAGUAAAAGGAAGAUAGAAUAGUGCUGGGUUCAUAGUUUUUUGUCUGAAAUCAAAGCCAAAAGAUCCAAAAAUUAUAAUUCCCAAAAUGAAAGCCAAUGAGUGUCGGUGCAAAAUUGAGGGGGGGGGGGAGAGGAGUGUUCAGCCCAAGCAGAUGCUUUGGAACACUACAAGGGGUCAUAGUAAGAGAUCCAUGCCGGUUUGAGUCUUCUUAGGCCUCAUCAACAGAUUACACUUGGCCAGUGAGCCCUGCAUAGGAUCCUGCAAAAUCCUAGGCAACCUAGGCUGGAUCACCCUAAGUGUGGUCUGCUGAUGAGGUCAUAGAAGACCCAAAUCGAUAUAGAUCUUUCAGCCCCCAGUUUAGUAUUCCAAUGCAUAUGCCUGAGCUAAACACUUUCCCCCUCUUGUCGCCUCUCUAGUCUUGCACUGAAACUCCUCAGAGCUCAUUUUGUGACCCUUAUUUAUAAUUUUUGAAUUUUUUGGCUUUGAUUUUCCCGCAUAAUUGUGUGGAUUCAGCACUGCUCUACAUUUUGUUAUAUAUUGCGACAUUUAGUACAACAUGGGAGGGGCCCAGUGAAAGGGCGGCAACAGGGGGUUUUAAAUGAAAUGAGGGAAUGCCAACUCCCUGACUAGUUAUGGGAGGACCAAGCUUUGUGGCGGUUCGGCGUCACAAAGCGCCUGAUAGCGCCAUGGAAACGACUCUUAUGUAUGUAAUACAACGUCUGUCAAAGCUGGUCCGCGGCGUAAACAAAGCUGGAUUUUUUGUGGGAGGUCCGAGAGUUCAUUUUACUCUUCCUGGGAAUAGAACUGAACAGCCAUGCAUAGUCAUAAAUUUACAGGUUGGGGAGGUUGCUUCCCCCAAACUUCCCCUUGUUAUGCCUAUAGCUGAAGGAUCAAAGCAAAGCUGUUAAAGAAUUGUUCAAUCUUAUUAAAAGUCUUACUGUGAGAUAGAUCAUCUUUUUUAUGUAUUAUCGUUUUUAUGUUUACUCUUUAUCGUUUUCAAAUCUUAAAUUAUUCUUGCAAGGUUCAAUUGUUCUAUGUAAAUAAAAAAAAUUUAUAAUGGGUA